CGGAAGUUGUCAUUUGUAAACCAAACAUUUCAAACGUUGACUGACGGAAACCUCGAUAAUGCCAUUAUCAACAUUACAGUUUGUGAAAUCUGAAUUCAUACGUUGUGAACAUAUUUAGAGAAAAACAGUAGAAGAGAGAUUGCGGGGCCUCUUCUGGCCUUUGUUAAAAUCCUCAAAUAACAAAGGAGUAAGGCCAGUUUGUAAAUAAAACUGGAUCAUAAUGUUUCAAGCUCCAAAUCCUCGCCAAUCUCCACAGAACCAGUUGCCAUCUUUUGGGCAGAUUGUCAACACAUCGCUGUCACCGCCAUCACAACAGCGUCCAUUUGGCAGUGGUGGAAUUGCAGCAGGGUUUGGAAGCCCCUCAGCAUUUGGUAGCAGUGGUAAUUCGAAUGUAGCAAGUUUUGGAAGCACUGCUGCUUUUGGUAGCAGUACUAAUGCAGCAGGUUUUGGAAGCACCGCAGCAUUUGGUAGUAGCAGUUCUAAUACAGCAGGUUUUGGAAAUACCCCUGCAUUUGGUAGUAGUGGUACUAAUACAGCAAGUUUUGGAAACACUGCUGCAUUUGGUAAUAGCAGUAGCCACACUAAUGUGGCAGGCUUUGGGAGCACCGCUGCAUUUGGCAGUAGCAGUACUAAUGCAGCAGGGUUUGGAAGUACUGCUGCAUUUGGCAGCAACAGUACUAAUGCAGCAGGGUUUGGAAGUACUGCUGCAUUUGGUAGUAGCAGUACUAAUGCAGCAGGGUUUGGAAGCACCACUGCAUUUGGCGGUAGCAGUACUAAUGCAGCAGGGUUUGGAAGCACUGCUGCGUUUGGAAGCAGCGGAAGUGGGAAUCAGAAAACAGCAUCUUUCUCAACCAACACAUUCCCAUCAUCAUCAACAUCAUCUUCCCCUGACCAGUUCCAGUCACGACCAUCCACGUUUACCCCACCUGCUUCUCUUCCAAAGCCAACACCACCACAGUCAAAUACCUCCUCCUUCACCACUUCUCCCAAAUCCCAGAAUGUGACAAGUAGUGGUGGUCAUGGUGGAACAGAUGCCAUUUCUUUUGCAAGAGUUGCAGCUGACCACCCCCCCACAGGAAUAUUCAGCGUGAAAUCUGAGAAAAAUCCAUUUGGUGGUGUUGGUGCUUUCAGUGGCAAUGGCAACAAUAAUAAUAGCAGUGCUAUCAGCAUUACAGCCACUACAUCUUCAUCUGUGUUUGGUGUAGGACAAAAUCCCUUUGGACGCAGUUCUUUCCCACCAGCGUUCUCUGCCACCAAAGCCGAACCCCAGGUGCUGAAGGUCAAGAACUCUAAUCCGUUCCUGAAUGCGCCGACCGAUAAUGUCUUCUCUAGAAGUCAAAGCGGCAGCGAUGCAAGUGACAACCCACCCACUGGAACUUUGCCCAUGACAGCAUUUGGGGCCUUCGUUAGCAACAACAAUUCAUCAAUGACAGCUUUGCCUUCUUCAGGGUUCGGGACAGGCAAAAGCAAGACUGUUUUAUCGACAGCAACAACAGCAUCAUCAACAUUCACCUCUCCCGUUACAUUGUCAACAUCUCCGUUGUUACCAUCACCCUCGUCAUUUCCUGGCCCCCUUACACAACAAACUGGCCCUUCAGCUACAUUUACUAAAAAUGUAUUUGGUAGUAGAGGGGACAUGAGCAGCAGUUCAGGUCCUGUUUUGGCAAAAUCCUCCACUGGAAGCUUUUUACCUUUGAGUAAGAAUAACAGUAUUGGUGGUGGUGGUAGUAGUAGUAGUAGUAGUAGUUCUAGUAUUCAUAGCAGCGAGAGGAAUGUGUUUAAAGGAGACGCAAAACCUAUGCCAUCCGCAUUUGCAAGAAAAUCAAUUGCUAAGGUCUUUGGUGGUGUGCCAUUGUCAGAAUCGAAAAGAUCUUCAACCUCAGUUUCAGCCAGCAGUGACCCCAACACUGGUAGUGUGGGGCUUUUUGGAAAAUCCCAUGAAAGCCAUUCAAGCUUCUCCAAGACCAAAGCCAGCAGCAGUAGCACCAUUAGUAAAUAUUCGACUGAGGUAUCUGCAGCCCCCUCGCUAAGGAAAACGGGACUGUUUGGUAAACCGGAAAGAACUGGAAGCAGGGCUGAAGAGAAAACCCUGUCUGUAAGUGCAGCGGCCAACACAACUGCCAGGACUUCCUUAUCUCCUUCAACUUCAAAGUUAAGGAAUGAUGGUCCGUCCCAUAGGUCCUCUUCUUACUCGUAUAUGGAUGAGGAUGAGUGUGAUGACAGGGUACUGAGCGUUGCCCAGCGGGCUGUCUCCUCAUCCAGAAUGGAAAUGGACAAAAUGUCAAAGGUACCAGUUGCUUCCAGGUUUUACUCAAAGACUAUGGAUUCCACAGGAAGACUAGCAGGGUCCAGAAAGAGGUUUUCCAUCACAGACGAUGGGAGACAUAGGAAAGUCCCCAAAUCGAGGAGUGAAUACGACUUAAUGAGAUCGUCAAAUCGUUCAAAGAUGUCGAGGAGUGCCAUGCGGCAACGCCAAUUCUCUGAGGAGCUGGAGAGUCACCCAGUGCUGGUCUGCAAGAAUAUCCCACCUAAAUUUAACCAGGUGCCUUUUCUCCGCAACCACUUCAGCAAGUUCGGGGCUGUGCAGCGUGUCACUAGGAAUCUUGCCAAGCAUGGGGCAAACAUUCACUUCAAGGACCACAAAUCAGCAGCCCAUGCAAAAAUGAAGGGUUUGAAAUUGGCCCCUGGCAUACACAUUCAGAUCUUCUGGCAAUCAAAUCCCCAUAAACAAUCCUUGACAUUAGAUGUAGACCUUGACACUAUACCCCCUGAUGAAAGUGAAAGACAGGGCCACAUGCCCCUACCUUCGUCACGGAGGAGCAUCAACCCUCCUCCACCUCCGCCCACCUCUGGUAGGCGUGACCGCCAGCAACAGCCAUCUUGGAUGUCAGAUGAGGUUGAAGAGGAGCUGCGCUUGAUGGCUGGCACGAGUGACAUAAGCGGGGACUUUGUGCAGACCUUAGUGCGACGCAAGGAAGCCGAAGCUCCUUUUGUCCCUAUGACUAAGAGAGCUACUACUACCAGCACCACUGGUAAAAUUGUUUCUACAUCAUCACCAUUGCCUCUGUCUCGGAAGUCCGACAGUCCGUCAAGGCGACACCAAUCUUCCCAUGACUAUCACCAAGAAAAACAGCAAGAACACCGGCGGAAAGUGCAGAAGCAACCAUCGCCCACUCUGUCAGGGGUCUCCAGUCAGGCCCUGACUCCGGCCUCAGUUCUAGGGUCUACGACAACAACACACAGGAAGAGAAAACUCCACCCUCAGCCACCUUCGUCGUCCUCUCCAUCCAUGACCUCUCAGUCAGCUUUUGCUGAUACAAAGAAAAGCAUUGUUGGCCCAGCAGUUCCGUCCACUGUUAGAUCCUACAGUUCUGUUGUCGCAGGCCACAGGACAACAGCAUCAGCAACCACAACAACAACAGCAACAGCAAUGGCGACUUCACUUUUCAGGAAAUCUGAACAUAGUUCCAUGAUUUUUGGCGGUUUCCAAGGUGACACAGAUGUACAGAAAGCUAAUGUAACCAUUUCAGCAUCACGGGUUCAGCUACUCGACCAACGAGACCGAUCAAUCAGAAAUGCAGGUCUAAAGAAGAAGUCCAAUCUGGCCACCGCCAAGGCACUCAUUGGAUCCUGUCCAGAUAUGUGUCCCGAAAAAGAACGUUAUGACCGUGAAGCGAAGCGGCGUCUGCACAUGUUUGAGAUGAUACCGGCCACCAAAAUGAUGGCCUAUCCUCAAGUUGAUCAUGCCCGAGCUGUGAAGGAAUACAGUAGGUCUUCAGCCGAUCAGGAAGAACCACUCAUCCAUGAGCUGAGACCAGGCCCAGUACUUGUGCGGACGAUGAAUUACCUGCUCUCUGAGAUUGCUAACAGAGGUCAGGAUGGACUGUGGGCAGAAUGGUUUGAUUUCCUAUGGGACCGCAGCAGAGGAAUCAGAAAAGACAUAACGCAACAGAUGAUGUGCAACAGAGAUGCUGUGGCCCUCAUCGAGAAGUGUGUCCGUUUCCAUGUGUUCGCAUCGGAGCGACUGUGUGAAGAGGACAUCUCUGUGUUUUCUCCAAAGAUUAACGAUGAAAACCUCACCAAAUGCCUGCAGAGCCUCAAAUACCUCUAUGCUGACCUUGACAAGAAGAAAAAGAUACGCUUCGACACAGAGGCAGAGUUCCGUUCCUACAUGGUCCUGAUGAACCUUAAUCAGGGCGAUAUCCUCAGAGAAGUCCAAACUCUUCGACCAGAAGUAAGGACUUCCCCAGAAAUCCACUUUGCUCUUCAGGUAUACUCGGCCCUCAACAGUAACAAUUACAUCAAGUUUUUCAAACUGGCACGUACGGCCACUUUCCUUAGUUCCUGCAUCAUCCAUCGCUAUUUUAUGCAGGUUCGCAGUAAAGCAUUGAGGAUUCUCCGCAAGGCUCUCACCUUUGGAGCGAAACCUGUCCCCUACCCACUCAGUGAACUGGUACGUACCCUAUGUUUUGAGUCGACCAGUGAGGCUGGAAGCUUUUGCAGGCAUUACGGUUUCACAGUCGAAGGUUCGGAAGUCCUCCUUGACCGUUCGUCAUUUAUUGAGCCUGAGGUUGCUCCAUGUCUGGUCCGAGCAGUGAACUUCAUAGAAUCCAAAUGUACCCAACCAAUUGGUGAGGUGAUCAACGGAGGUCCUUUAGAGCCUGUCAAACUUCCAAACCCCAUAAACAGCUUUGACGAAGAUGGUAACCUGAAGCAGGAAGCUCUGUCUAAAGAAGUAUUGCAAACCUGGAAGGACUCUGUCACCAUGGAAGCAGAAACAUCCGAGGGUCCAGACACAUCUCCACAGCUUCCGUCUGAAACAGCGAAGCCAGCUGCUCCCUGCGACAUGCAGCUGGCUGUUGCCUCAGAGGAGACCUUAUGGCAGGGAUCAGAGCUUGUGACCUCCAAUGCUGAAGUAUCAUUUGACUCUGCAGUAACCACUGUGCAGCAGCAACUGCAAGAACAACACCAACAGAAGACAGCUAAAUCAACAGCAAUAUUACUGAUCAAGGAAAUUGCCAAAGAUUUGUUUUUGGAGGUCAUUGCAACAUUUGCAAGAGAAAUCUCGCAGGAAUUUUACCAAAAAUCUGAGCAGCUUGGAGAUGUUGCUUCUGAUGUCCAGCGAAGUAUUAGUGAUGAUGUUGUGAACAGAGAGAUGCGUGUUAUCGCGCAGGAGGUGCACACUGAGUCUACUGCUAAUGGGGCAGCAAUGCAUGCAGCCGGAGCAGAUUUCCAAUUUGAAAAACGUCAAGAACAACUAGAAGAAGAUGAUGAAGAAGAGAGACUGCGGAGGCUUCUUCAAGCGAAGACAGAGGAGCUGGCAAGUUUGAGUCAGGAAGAUGGAGGCGAAGUGAGAGAAAUAGAAGAAGAGGAAGAAUUUGAUGAAGCCAAGUUAUUGAAGGAUGAUGAGGAGGAGGAAGAAGAGGAAGGGCAGCAGGCUGAGGUGGAGGAGGAGGAGAAACAAGAGAGGCAGGAACAGAUUGCAGAGAUAUUGUCAAUGCAGAAGAAGAUUGAUAGGCCUUUUAUGAAGCAGCGGGAGCUGGAAGAGAGGUCCCAGAAGGAGGUGGAAAAUGAAAGAAAGAAAGAGGAGGAGGAGGAGAAAUAUAAGAAGGCCAUGGCUGAACGAAUGCAUGAACGAGAAAGAGCAAUGAGAGCCAGAGCCAUUGCAGAACAUAAAGCAAAGAAGCGACAGGAAGAAGAGAAAACAGUGGCUCUGCUGAAAGCGAAACAAGAAGCAGAAGAGAAAGAAAUGCGAGAAAGACUCAGAGCUAAGAAAGCUGCUGCAGAGAAAGAAGCGGAGGAAGAACAGAAGAGAGUGGCUGCAGAAGAGGAGCAGAGGAGAAAGAGUUUGGCAGAAGAGGUUACUGAACAGAUGUUAGAGGAACUUGUAUUGACUGAGGUUCAUUCUGUGGUGAGCCAACAGAUGAGUGACAUUGAAAAGGAGCUCCAUGAUCGACUUGUGAAAGAAUGUUGCCAGAGAGCAACAGAAGAAAUCAUGAAUGAAGUGGUCAGUGAACUGUGCAUGACGGAGGGCCAUGCUUUCUAUAGAAACGAUAUUGAGCUGCGCCUGGAGACCCUGCGCAAGGCCGAGUAUUGUGUGCGACUCUACAAGAUGAAUAAAAUCCUGGAAUGUUGGAAGCAGAGACAAUUGCAGCGUCAACAUGAGCGCGACAUGACAAUGUUCCCUUCCUGGCCCUCACUGGCUCCGCUUGAUAAGCAGCUGAAGACACUCUGUGGGAAGGAACAUGAAGGUGUGGUAGGGGACACGCUGGUCAUGGGAAUCAGCCGAAUAGCUCACCUCUCCAUGGAGACCCCCGUUGCCAUUAACCGGCGGGAUGACUAUCUACCCUUGGCCCUAACUCUUUGUCACAUGAGGCGUCACCUGAUACAGCAGAAGGCUUGGUACCCACUUGAUCUAGCAGCAACGGUUGGCCCAAGCCUUCUCAGCUCCAGCAGUUAUGACACACAGAUAUGUUCAGGUCAAAACAGUGGCUCCCUCUACUGGAAGCUGUUAAUGUCAUUACCAGAACUUGAUGAGCAACAGACAGACAAUGCAACCAUGUACAGUCUGGAGUUGAGUGACUGGCUUAAGGCUAAGUUGAGUAAAGGAGCAAAACCACAGCCUGACGUCGAUAAUAUGUCUAUUCUGAGCCUUUACAAAUGUCAUCUUGAAGGGUCAUCCAUAGGUAGACAGCAAAGGGACACAAUGUUACAUUUCUGUCUUCGCGAGGUCACUGGGUCAUUGACCCCUGACCUCAUACAACACAUUGAGAGUAAGAGACUGUUUUGUGGCACAAGUGGGCUCCUUUUUGUGCUGCCCCUCUUGAGUAAAGAUGAUGAUAAGGAGAAGUACUGGCUCGAUGCUCAAAUCCGAUUAUCUACCCUGCUUCAGGCCAAGCCACAGCAACCCAGCCUCCCUGUUGCAGUUCUUGUGCCCCAUGAUGAAACUGAACCAGGCUCCCCUCCCAGUCUGGAGCAGCUACUGCUCAAGCUGGACCUGUCAUGCUUAAUUAAUCAGGAGUUAGUCUCCAGCAUCGAACUCUUCACUUUACCAUUCCGGUGUCAGGAAGAGUCAGGCUUCGACGUGGAAACUGUUGCUGUGGAAACUAUGCUCUCCAACUGUCUCAGGUGGUUGGCCACCCACCUCCCUUCUCAACCAAAUCUGGACAAGAAAUACCUGAAGGAUUUUCUUGAGGACUUCCUCGCUUCUCAGUUUUAUGGUCCUCUGCUGUAUAACAGAGGACUGCGCUCUGCCGAGGGUUACCUGCAGCAGCCCCCAGAUGUCAUCAUUGACUUCUACAACUCCAUCCUUCGACACUUGAUUGACUGUGUUACCGACUCUCUGUUGACCAGCUACUCUUGGCCCAUCACGGAGUUUGUAGAUGCCACAGCACAACGGAGUCAUGACAACGAUCUGCCCCCUAUUCACUGGAACUCUCCAGAACAUCUCCUGUUUGUAAGGGACACUUUACGGUCCCUCACACUUCCUCCAUUCGCCUUCGGUGAUGACACCAGUGAGAAAUGGUCCCAGGCUGAGCAAGAUGUUUGGAGUUACAUCCGUUCUGUGACUUUGGAAAGAUCUGGAAAAUCUGCAGUGGAUCUUGUGUCAAGGGUGCGCCACCAUAUACACCAAGUGGAGAAGCAGUUUGACGAAGUGUGCCGUCUCAAGUAUGGUGUGUCCAACUGUACACCUACCUAUGUCAACAUGCCGUGGGUGGACAUAAUUUUGGAUUGUGUCAAUCACUGCCUGACCACAGUCUCUUGUCUUGAUCCAAAGUCAACCGAUACGGUGAGGGCCACCGAGCUGUGUGUUCUGUAUGAGAAAGAGAAACUCCACUCCUACCAACCUCCACAGUCUUGGAGUGAAGCAGCCAUUGUGGAGAAAAAUAUGAGAGAGAGCUGCAACCUGGAAUCUACAUUUUAUCGAUCCAUUGACAUCCGCAACAAAGAACUACGGGAGACUCUGUCUGCUAGUAAAUCUCUACACCAAGAUAAGCCCUCAAGCUGGGAUUCCACCCAUGACGACCACCACCAAUUGGCUGAAACUGUAAAGGCUUCAAUUGGUGCCGAACGUACGAAGAGUGAUGGGUUUGAGUCUUUCUUAAUGCAGUCGGUGGUGGGAGGUGAUCUGCAGUAUGAGGACGACACAUGGCAAGAGGAGAGAGACGGGUACUCUGAGUUCUACCCCAGGGGUGUCAGCAGUGCUGGUAUUGAUGAGGGUAAGGAAGUGGAGGAGUGGAAAAUUCUGAAGAGAAAGGAUACAUUUGAUUGCAAUGUUGAGCUUGGUUGUGGCUCCGUAGAACCACAUGCAUCAAAGGUGAAGCUGUCCCUUAGCCCUAUUUCUUAUCCUGGGGACUUUAGUGUCCCUGAGGUCAGAGACAAGCUGUCCCUUGAAGAUAGGCUGUUGAUCCUCAGGGACCAGAUUGACUACAACAAGAGAACGGACACUAUUAUGGAGUGUUUGCUGCAGUCAUUCUUGAUUGACGAUUCAUUGGACCAUGACAAUGAUGAACUCUUCACAGAGGAUUGUGGGUAAUUGCUAGGGAUUUUGGGUAAUAAUUCGGGAUUAUAAGCAAUAACUGGAUGCUGGAGGUAAUAACCAGGGCUAUGAAUCAGCUGGAGUUCUAGGUUCAAACCCCACUGGGGUCGACUUUGCUUUUCAUCUUUAUGGGGUUGGUAAAAUAAAAAUGUACCAGUGAUG